AUGCUGACAGGGCCCUGGCGACCAAAGCGCAAGCCGUCAAGUCCCUCCGAGAAUUACAUCAGAGUGGUAAAAUUGAAGAACGAGCUGCCGGUUGUCUACCAUGCUUUGCAGGACCCUUCGCAGAGCGUGACCCCGGAGAUCAUUACUACACUAAACGAGAGAAUUGAAAAACUUCAGUAUGAGCUUUCUACUAUCAAGGCUGAAGAGAAGACGGUCCGAGCUGCACUAGCAGCGUUUGAAGCCAAGCCGCGACUUUCCGAUCUGCGGCAAGAUAUUGAACGACUCAAGGAAGAACGAGAUGCUCUCCAAGCAGGAAUUCCCAGAUUCCAGGAGGGCGCAGUGGGAAUGCAGCCUCAAGAGCGCGAGAAGCUUGAAAAGGAUUGGAAACAAUGGCAACGUCAUACUACCCUCCGUCGUCGGAUGUGUAAGGACCUAUGGGGGAAGUGUACCGAGAUUUUACCAGACAAUAUGACCUUGCAAGAGCUUUGGGUAAGUCUUCAGACUUCUGUGUAUGUGCUAAUGCUGGGAUCAGCUGGCGCGUGCUAA